AUGAAACACGAUUUGAAAAACAUUCAAGAAAGUAUUGAUAAUUUAUUUGCGGUACAACAACAAAUAUUGGAUAAAUUGAAUAAUAUCCAAGUAUCUGAAGCAUUAAAUUUUGAUGGUAGUUUUGAUAAUACUGCAGAUGAUAAUAUGUUACACAUCAAUAAUGACGCUGAUUUAGAUAUUGUGGAAGAUAAACUUACCAAGGAACAUACAUUCAGAAACAAAGUGGUUUUAGAAUUGUCUCGUCUCACUGGUUCAAGUAUGUCUGAAACUGUGCGGAAAAUCAUGCAAAAACUAUUUACCGACAACUUCUUGGCAAAUUAUUCUUAUAUUGGGUUCAAAGGAAAAAAGCAGUUUUCAACUCUUCAAACAUGUAGAGUUAUUUUUGAAUCCAUAAGAAAAAUGAGACAAUAUAAAGAUGUUAGUGAUAUUGAAAUAGAAAAACCGUUGAAAAAUUGGAUGGCUCAAUCAUCAGCUCGCAUAAAAAAGACCAUGGAGAAAAGUUCUAUUAGUGAUAAAUCUUAA